GGAGUUUCACCAGAAGAGAUUUCAUCAUGGAAGGCUGCUCUUACCUCAGCAUCCAACAUUCUCGCACGUCUGAGGCCAAACUUGUGGAUGAAAUUGCUGUUGACACAUUCAAGAAGCUGAAUGAUUUGGCUCCGAGUGGGAACGAAGGUCUCGUGGGCAUAGAAUCACGUUUGAAGAAUCUCGAAAAGCUGUUAUCAUGGGAGGAUUUGGAUUCUGUUCAUAUCCUAGGCAUUGUUGGAAUGGUAGGGAUUGGGAAAACGACUCUUGCUGAUUGUUUGUAUGGACGUAUGCGUGGUCGGUUCGACGGUAGCUGCUUCCUAACAAAUAUUCGCGAAAAUUCGGGUAGAAGCGGAUUAGAAUAUUUGCUGCAGAAACUCUUUUCCACUGUACUAAAUGAUAGAUAUUUGAAGAUUGGAGCUCCUGGAAAUGCACAUGAGAGAUUUGAGCGCCGCCUUAAGAGCAAGAGGCUACUUAUAGUGCUUGAUGAUGUGAAUGAUGAAAAGCAGAUCAGAUAUCUUAUGGGGCACUGCAAAUGCUUGAAUGCGUUUAAUGACUCUUGCCCUUCGAAAGAGUUCGAAGGUUUGACAAAUAUGGUUCUAGAUUACGCUAAAGGCCACCCUUUGGCUCUUAAGGUGUUAGGAUCUGAUCUUUGUGAGAGGGAUCCUCUGUACUGGGAAGAUAAAUUGGAUAGACUGAAAAGUAGAUCACAUGGAGAUAUCUACGAAGUUCUGGAAACAAGCUAUGAGGAGCUUACCAUUGAGCAGAAGACUGUUUUUCUGGAUAUUGCAUGUUUCUUCAGAUCAAAGAAUGUGGAUUACGUGACAAGCCUUCUCAAUAGUCAUGGUGUGGACAUGUCUAGCGUGAUAAAGGAUCUCGUUGACAAAUGUCUGAUCACUCUUUCUGAUAAUCGCAUUGAGAUGCAUGACAUGUUGCAGACGAUGGGCAAGGAGAUUAGUUUAAAAGCAGAAACAAUAGGAAGACGAGACUUUAGUUGGCUAUCACGUCAUGGUUACCAGUGCCAAUGGCAUAUCAGACUAUGGAACAGUGAAGAUAUUUGUGACCUGCUAACCAAAGGCCCGGGAACUGACAAGAUAAGAGGGAUUUUUCUCGACACAUCAAAACUAAGAGCAAUGCGUCUAAGUGCCGAAGCCUUCAAUGGGAUGUACAAUCUCAAAUACUUGAAAAUUUAUGAUUCUCAUUGUUCCCGUGGAUGUAAAGCAGAAUUUAAACUGCACUUGCAGGGAAGGCUUGAUUUCCUUCCAAAUGAGCUUACAUAUCUACACUGGCAUGGUUACCCGCUACAGAGUAUCCCUUUAGACUUUGACCCCAAGAACCUUGUAGACCUUAAAUUGCAAUAUAGUCAACUAACAGAAAUUUGGGAUGAUAAAAAGGAUGCUGGAAUGCUCAAAUGGGUCGACCUUAGUCGCUCCUUGAAUUUACGUCAGUGUUUGGGUUUGGCUAAUGCUCAAAAUCUUGAGAGGUUGAAUCUAGAAGGAUGUUGCUCACGACUAGAGGUUUUUCCAGAAAUUAAGGAAGACAUGGAAUCUUUGGAGAUUUUACUUCUGGAUGAUACAGCCAUCACUGAGAUGCCAAAGAUGAUGCAUUUGAGCAAUAUCAAGACAUUUUCGUUAUGUGGAACGAGCAGUCAAGUUUCUGUUAGUAUGUUCUUCAUGCCACCUACAUUGGGCUGCUCUCGGUUAACAGAUCUUUACCUCUCGAGAUGCAGUCUUUACAAACUCCCAGAUAAUAUCGGUGGCCUUUUCUCUUUGCAAUCUUUAUGCUUAAGCGGAAACAACAUCGAGAAUCUUCCAGAAAGCUUCAACCAACUCCACAAUCUGAAAUGGGUUGAUCUAAAGUUUUGCAAGAUGUUAAAGUCUCUACCAGUCCUUCCGCAAAACCUGCAGUAUCUAGAUGCACACGAAUGCGAGUCACUUGAAACUUUGGCAAAUCCAUUAACGCCUUUGCUGGUAGGAGAGAGGAUCCAUUCUAUGUUCAUCUUUAGCAAUUGUUACAAACUGAACCAAGACGCACAAGAGAGUCUCGUGGGUCAUGCUCGAAUCAAAAGUCAGUUGAUAGCUAAUGCUUCUGUAAAACGUUAUUAUCGGGGAUUCAUCCCAGAGCCUCUGUUUGGAAUCUGCUACCCAGCGACUGAAAUACCGAGCUGGUUCUGCCACCAAAGACUAGGACGUUCACUAGAAAUCCCAUUGCCUCCGCACUGGUGUGACACUAACUUUGUUGGACUUGCCUUAUCAGUAGUUGUCUCAUUCAAGAACUAUGAAGACCGUGCGAAACGUUUCUCGGUGAAGUGUUGUGGCAAAUUCGAGAACCAAGACGGUUCCUUCACGAGAUUUGAUUUCACUCUCGCAGGCUGGAACGAACCGUGUAAAUCCCUUAUCCAUGAACCAAGAAAGCUCACUUCUGACCACGUUUUCAUGGCAUACAAUAGUUGCUUCCAAGUCAAGAAUCUCCAUGGAGAGAGUAAAAAAUGUUGCUACACAAAGGCUUCAUUCGAAUUCUAUGUGACAGAUGAUGAAACGAGGAAGAAGAUGGAAACUUUUGAAGUGAUAAAAUGUGGGAUGAGUUUAGUGUAUGUUCCGGAAGAUGAUGAUUGCAUGUUGCUGAAGAAGACAAAUCUAGUUCAGUUGAGUAUGGAGACCGUACCAAGUUGUAAAAAACCAAGCUGUUCCUACGGUCUUGAUGAUGUUAUGGAUGAUGAUAGACCCAAGAGAGGACUUUGCCAGUUUGUUGGUGGUGAAGAACCAGAUUGUAAAAGAAAGAAGAAGGAGAAGAUCACAGUGUAAGAAAAUCUAUAGUUAUGUCAAAAUUUUGUUUUAUUGAAUGUCAGUAAACAUCAAUGCCUUUU